CUUAGUGGCGCUCAAAUGAACUAGUGUGCUCCGGGUCAUGAUUUGUUAAUGUGGUUAAAGCAAUUUUACCUGUGAUUUCCUGCCAGACUAUAGAUAGUUUGGGAUCAAUUUUAUUCAAGUUUUCGGAGCUGUAUAUCACAUCUCUACAGAAUGUUCAGAAAUACAUUCCAGAGCGGCUUUUUGUCCAUACUAUUCAGUGUAGGGACAAAACCCCUUCAAAUUUGGGAUAAAAAAGUUCGUAAUGGACACAUUAAAAGGAUAACAGACAGUGAAAUACAGUCUUUGGUUUUGGAGUUGUUAGGAAGCAAUGUCUCGAGUACGUAUAUAACCUGUCCGGCAGACCCGAGGAAAGCAUUAGGCGUAAAACUUCCAUUCCUUGUCCUCAUAGUGAAAAAUCUGAAUAAGUAUUUCACAUUUGAAAUUGAGAUAUUGGACGACGAGGGUGUCAAGAGACGAUUUAGAGCAAGCAACUAUCAAAGCACUACUCGUGUGAAGCCAUUCAUAUGCACUAUGCCACUGCGUCUCGAACCAGAUUGGAAUAAUGUAUAUUUUAAUGUCGCGGACUUCACGAAACGGGCCUACGGAACUAAUUUUGUGGAAGUAUUACGCGUCCAGAUUCAUGCUAACUGUCGGAUAAGACGUAUAUACUUUUGUGAUCGCGUUUAUUCAGAUGAAGAGCUCCCUGCUGAGUUUAAAUUAUACCUUCCUAUACAAGCAAACAAGAACAGUUAAACAGAUAUUUUGAGUUCUGUGUAAAAUUUUUAAUUUGUAUAUCACUGUUUUUAUGAAUACCCAAUAAGAAUAUAAUGUGUGUAUUGGCAA